UCUUGUUUAAUAAAGCGCGUAGCUUGCCGCCAGUUUUAGUGUUUAGUGAACAUUUUUCUAUAGAAAUGUAUGAAUAGUGUCAUGAUUUGUUAUGAAGCGCUGUAGUCAUGGACUGUCUACGUUACCUAAGAUAGUGUCUUGCAAGAAUGUUGGGCACGUGUCCUGUGGAAGUCUGGAUCGUGUGAUUGAUGGCAGCUCUGGCAGUUUUCCGUCAUGCCUGCAGCGGUCCUCUGUUCUGGGGCUGGGGAUCUGUUCUGUGCGGCCUGCUGGGGUCUGUAUUUGUUCUGCUGCUGCCUUUAGCAGGAAUAGAGGAGCAAUGCUGUGCCACACUGAAGGGUCUUGCUCUUCUGCGCUGCCAGCUGUGGGGGGGUGUGCAGCGGCCUGUGGUGCACACCACCAGCCUGACGGUCCCUUUCACUGCACUAGACCUCCUGCCACAGAAAGUCAAGCCCAGUAAAGAGACUCAGCUGGAGGCAAAGGCGGCUCUCCAGCAGGCUUUGGAGAUGAGGAAAAAUGGCAAGAGGGAGAAAGCUCAUAAGCUGCUCGUCCACGCGCUCAACAUGAACCCGGAGUUUGUGGAGGCGCUCACUGAAUUAGGAACCAUACUGGAGGAGGAAAAAGACGUCGUCCAAGCAGACCACCUGUACACCAAGGCCCUCGCCAUCUCGCCCUGCAACGAGAAGGCUCUGGUGAGCAGGGAUCGCACGCUCCCGUUAGUAGAGGAAAUAGAUCAGCGCCACUUUGGAAUCAUCGAUGGAAAGGUGCGACGUCUCAUGUCCAUACCCAAAGGCAACUCUGCUCUGCGCAGGGUCAUGGAGGAGACCUACUACCAUCAUAUUUACCACACCGUAGCUAUUGAAGGCAACACGCUCACGCUGUCCGAGAUUCGCCACAUUAUUGAGACCAGAUACGCCGUUCCAGGAAAGAGUCUUCAAGAACAGAACGAGGCAAUUGGCGUCGACGUGGCCAUGAAGUACAUCAACACCACACUUCUGUCCCGCGCUGGAGCGAUCACUGUAAAUGACAUCCUAGAGAUACACCGACGGGUCCUAGGCUACGCCGAUCCCGUCGAAGCCGGACGAUUACGUGCCAGCCAGGUGUUCGUGGGCCAUCACAUCCCACCGCAUCCGCGGGACUUGGACAAGCACAUGCAGGAGCUGGUGCAGUGGUUGAACUCGGAGGAAGCGCUGCAUCUCCACCCGGUGGAGUUGGCAGCUCUCGCGCACUAUAAACUGGUUUACGUUCAUCCGUUCGUGGAUGGGAACGGACGGAUGUCUCGCCUGCUCAUGAAUUUAAUCCUAAUGCAAGCUAGUUAUCCGCCGAUCACCAUUCGGAAAGAGCAGAGGAUGGAGUAUUACACCGCCCUGGAUACUGCCAACGAGGGCGACGUAAGGCCCUUUAUUCGCUUUAUCGCGAAAUGCACUGAAAUUACACUUGAUACGCUACUGAUAGCCACAAGUGAGCAUGCAGUGGGGCUCCCCGGGGCUAGUCAUCACGCCUGUCCUGACUGUAAACACACCAUACCUGUGCAUAGCUGAUAGAUGUAUAUUGGUAAGUGGAAAAAGAUUGCAUGUGGCAUAAAUUGAAGUGCCAUAUCAGCCUCUGUACCGACCUUCUACUGCUAGCAUGGGACCUACAUGGAUAAACUGUUGAUCCAUUUCAAGUUUGUGCAGUUACUGUGUAGCUUUAUUCGUUACAAAUCCUUUGUUGACUGUUCGAAAUGUCCACGUUUUAGCCUCUACUUUGUCGUUUUGAAUUUGAAAUGAAAGAAAAGUUCUUCUUAUUCACUGAAUGAACAGUAUUAGGUCAGAUCUUCAGCAGCUACAUCCUUCUGCAUGUGAGUUAAUGAUAAUGUUGCAUAAAUGAACUGCUGUCUGCUGGGAACAAUAUUCAUACUCAUAUUUUUGUGCACUUUUUUCUAGUCUCAAUGCAAGCUCGAGUUAAUCUCUUUUGAAGUUUGCUUGGAAAAAGGACAGGUCUGUUAAAUGUGAGAGAUUGCAGUUCUUUAGUGAUGUUUUUCAGAUGCUUUACUAGCUGAAGUGCAUUUUGUGAACGGCUUGUUACAUUUGUCACUUACAAGCUGGCAGGUUACAGCAAAAAAAGAAGUUCAAAAAUUAAUGUCUGCCAAAGCCAGUUUGAGUAAUAGUUAACCUUUAACAUUACUUAGAAUAUAAUCUGAUUUUUUUUGAGGUUCUUUAAAGUUUAGUUUAAGAAAAAUCAUUUAUUUUGAGAUGGUACUCAAGUCUAUUUUCAUAUGAUAAUGAUUGUUCCAUGAUU